GUCAAAAUUACAUAGCGGUGAUAAAAAACAAUCAAGAAACCAUUGAGUACCGUAAGCCACGCCAAUAACAGUGAAUUCGCAGUGUGAUUGCACGCGAAACCUGCCCAGAAAUGUCGACGUUUGAUGACUUGCUCCGACGGCUCGGGACAGGAAAAUGGAACCUCACUGUCUUUCUCUCCGUUUGUUACUGGUUGUUGCUGCUGCCUAGUCACAGUGUGGGACCGGCGUUCUUAACCCCUGAGGUGGGUCAUACUUGCCGGUUGCCAGAAAAGGUCGCUGACGAGGAAACUAUCACAAAUAUGACCGGAUCCCAGUGUAGUUAUACAGUGACGACCACAGAUGGCAGCACCGACGAGCGACCCUGCACUGAAUGGGACUUCGACAACACCACCUAUACUAAGACUAUUACUUCCGAGUUUAAGCUCGUGUGCAGCCGUAGUUUUCUAAGACCGACUUUUAAGAGCAUAACUUUCUUCGGUGCCCUUGUAGCAGCUCCCUUCAGUGGCUGGAUGUCGGACAGGUACGGUCGCAAGGUGAUGCUCUCCGUGGGCACUGUGUCCUACGCCCUCCUGGCCAACGCCUGUACUGGCUACCGGACAUCUACUCCAUCCUGGUCGUCCGCUUCCUGCUCGGGGUCAUGUCCCCAACGUCAGUGCACGCAGGAUACACGCUGUUUGGAGGUCAGGCGUGUUUGGGUAAUAUGA